AUGUCUGGCCGUGGAAAAGGUGGAAAGGGACUCGGAAAGGGUGGAGCCAAACGCCACCGAAAAAUUCUUCGUGAUAACAUCCAGGGUAUAACAAAACCCGCUAUUCGUCGUCUUGCUCGCCGUGGAGGUGUGAAGCGUAUCUCUGGUCUUAUCUAUGAGGAGACGCGUGGUGUCCUGAAGAUUUUCCUUGAAAACGUCAUUCGUGAUUCAGUAACAUACACAGAACACGCUAAGAGGAAGACAGUAACAGCACUUGACGUUGUGUAUGCCCUGAAACGAUCGGGGCGUACGCUAUACGGUUUCGGAGCAUAGAUUUGAUUGUUUUGUGAUCUACAUGUACCCAUAUUGUAUUUUUAUCUUAUUUAUCUCUUCUCCUC